UCUCUCUCAUAAGGGGGACAGGUCUCCCUUGUAUUUGAGACGUUCCAUCUCAAUGGCAUCCCCUGUACAGUAUACUUAAAGAAUAGGAGACUAACGAGGAUAUCAACGUCUAGCUCCAUUCCACACCACAUGCCAUGGAUCCCCUACCAGAGUACUCCCUGUUCCUAGUCCGGAUCCUGGAGGAACUAGACACUAAACACAGUAGUGUGUCCUACCAGGACCUCUGUAAGUCCCUGUGUGCCCGCUUUGACUUGGUCCACUUGGCCAAGCUACGGAGCCUUCUGUUCUACACAGCCUGCCUGGACCCAGCCUUCCCUGCCACUCUCUUCAAAGACAAGAUGAGAUGUACUGUUGAGGACCAGCAGUCUAAGAAACUCAUGGUGGCAGCAGAUAUCGUCACUAUGUUUAACCUAAUCCAAAUGAACGGGGGGAUCGCCAAAGAUAAGCUCCCAAUGGCACCACCGAGGCCCAAGUUCCACAAGAACCAGUCGUUUGAGUCAUGUAGGUCCGACACUGAUGUUUAUAAGUACCAGGACUAUGAGAGGGGCGGAGGUUAUGACCUCAUGGAUCAACCCUCCAGGGCGGGUCACCACCCCCACCAUCGCCCCAUGUCCCAAAACAACUCCUCCCACCCCCGCCCACACCCCCAUUCCCACUCCGCCAGCUCGAAAUCCAACUGCAGCCCACAGUUUAUCCCGACCUCGGACCCUAACUUCCUAUUGGGCGUAAACAAGGAUCUAAAAUGUCGAGCAGCGUCGCUAGAUAAGCUGCAGCACCUGCCCCAGUACUCAAGCUGCAGUCCUCCAUCGCCGCCCUGCGAGAUGCAGAGCACCUACUUUCCCAUAGACAUUGACAGUGAGUCCACCACAGACCAGGAGUCCCUGCAACACAUCAACCACACGGAGCCCUUCUCUGUCCACUCCUGUGUCCAGAAGAGAAACAUCUUCAAGGAGGAUUUUCACAACCUGCUAGCGUUCUCCCCACAGGUCAUCACCUCAGAGUGCAAACCAAACAUCAGGGCAACUGGAGGCUACCACCGGAGAGAGCUCCACAAGCCUGCCACAUUCUUCAACCACAGCUUCGAGCUGCCCUACAGUAACCCCUACUUUGAGCAUACUAUGAACUCGCCCAUUCAGGAGAAACGGCGAGCGAAGCACGAGAGUCUGGACGACCUUCAAGCGUCUACGUAUUUCGGGCCAACGACAGUGACAGAGUGCGUGAACACACGGAGGAGCACGGCUAGGCCGGGGAAGCAGCCAAUUUGGCCCGUGAAAAGCCUGAGUCUGAAUGCUGAAGAAGGGCCACCGGAUUUUGAGAGGUCAUUUCUGAAUGGGAAACCGCUGAAAGACAACCAUCGCCACAAUGUAGUUAAUAAAGAGAAUGAGCAGCACUUCCAGUGUGCCAAAGAGAAAAUGGUGGCCUCCCCUUCAGGGUUCGCAAAGAAAACCAAUGGGUUGAAAACAAAGGAUAUGUCUUCAAUGGCGUGCGGUCCCGGAGUGGGUGUCGACAAAAGAGAGGUUGGGAAAAGAUUUAAAGAGAAAGGCAUCAACAGUACGUCUUUUCAAGGAGGUAACAUAGACAGCUCGUCCAGCAUAGGGACACAAACGGAGCAGGCCGAACAGAGGAAGCUAAAAGACUAUGCCGCCGCACACGCAAAAUACGUCGAGAGAGAGAGGCACUCGUGCAAACACUCGGAAGAGGACUCUGAGAUCAUCAGCGAUGACAUCAGUGACAUCUUCCGCUUCCUUGACGACAUGAGCGUGUGCGACUCGCUGGGCGUCAUCCAAUCGUCGUGCUACAACAGCAUCGGAUCUCUCUCUCAGGUGACCAUGAAGUCUGACGGCGACAGCUCACCCGAAUGCAACACGGUCAAACUGGCCAAGUCCAAGCUGGACUGCCUCUUUCACUCCCUAGAGAACACGGACGACGAGCUCAAAUCGAGCGUGUGCAAGCUUGUUAUGAGGAUAGGUGAGAUCGAGAAGAAGCUGGAGUCUCUGUCCGGAGUCCGAGGGGAGAUCUCGCAGGUGCUCUCCAAGCUCACCAAACUCGACGAGAAGAUCCAGGAACCCGAAACCAACGGGAGACCGGGCGAAAAUGCUUUAGCCACCACUUCCACCCCAGAUCACCUUCACCCCGACCCCAACCUCUCGCCCCAUGUCUUUCAGUGCCACACGACAGGCCACAACAUCAAGGUGGAUAAUGGAUCAGUGGAGUGGGGCUGCUCAGACAGUGAGAGUCUGAGGGUCAAGGCAAUUAAGAAAAGUAUGUUCACGCGGAGGUCGUCACGCUCACUCAAUGAGGAGAACAGCGCCACAGAGUCAAAGGUGGCGAGCAUCACCAACUCACCACGGGACUGGAGAACGGUGUCGUAUUCUUCGCACCAUGGGGAUGAGGGCAAAGACAAGGACAGAGACAGAGACCGAGAAAGGGACACCAAGGACAGACACAGGAAAGCCAAAGAGUCAGAGCAGGAGCGCCAGUAUGAGAUGGCCCCCCAGGUCCACCGCUCCUCAAAGCCCCCCAAGGACUCCUACCUGGUGGAGCAGGUGUUCUCACCGCACCCCUUCCCCCCCUCCGUCAAGUCCCACAUGAAGGGCAGCCCCCUGUACACAGACCUCAGGCUCACAGGCCUGUCGGUUGACGGCAAACGGGGUCAGCCCUCCUGGACCAUCGAGGAGUACAAGCGCAAUGCGGGUGGCGAGAAAGGCAAGCAGCUGACCGCCCUGGACCUGCAGACGCAGGAGUCAUUGAACCCCAAUAACCUGGAGUACUGGAUGGAGGAUAUCUACACGCCGGGUUACGAUUCGCUGCUGAAGAGGAAGGAAGCGGAGUUUCGGAGGGCCAAGGUGUGCAAGAUUGGAGCGCUGAUUGCCGCGGCCGCCUGCACUGUGAUCCUGGUCAUCGUCGUGCCCAUAUGCACUAUGAAGUCAUGAAGUGCUCCGAGUCGUGCUCUACGAAGUGCUCAAAGUCGCACACUUUCCCUCUGCCCCUGUUUAUUCUGGAUAAUUGUAAAAGGACUGAAUACGUGUGAGCUAUAAGGUAUCAGUCCAAUUACAGGAGCAGCCCUCUGAUUGACUAUGUGGACGUUUGAAGAGUGAGGUACAUGUAUUGUUUAAUGUGAAUCUGACCUAUGUUCGUGGUAUUGGAAUCAAGUCUAUGUUCUUUUCUACAUGAUUUAGUUGUUAUGCCACGGGAUGGGCAGUGGUAUUAGGAAAACGUCAGUACACAUUCAAAAUGACUUUGUUCAGAGGGGAAUGUUGCAAGUUUGAUCCUUUAUAUUUAUUGUUGCCUAUAUUUACUUAUUGACAUUUGUGUAUUUAUGAUGAAAGACAGACGGUACACAAUGUCUACAGUAUAUCUUUUACAUUUACAUUUAUAUUGUAUUGGUGUACGAUGUUCCAGAAUAUUACGAGUACAAUGUUUAUUUCACUUUUUUCUCUUUGUUAAAGGGGCAAUCUGCAAUUCAAACAAAAACAACAAAGCGGCUACCCAGCCAAUGUUUUUGUGAACUGAAACAGAUGAUCUGUACAGUAUACGGUCAACAGCUGGAUUUGUUUCUGUACACAGCUUCUGAUAUUUUUAUUUUAGUAUAAUUGCUGUAUAAUGUAUUUUAAUGAGAGUUAUUUUUGGAUGAAUUAUCUGGUAGAAUGUGAUGAGGUGCACCAGAUAUUAUUUAUCUUUAGCUAUUAUAAUAAUAACCAGAGUUUUAAUUCAUGGGAUUUUGUGCAAUGCCUUUUCUAAAUAGACAUAUACAGUAUAUUGAAGUACUGUAGUUGAAAUAGACGAAUAACAGACAGUACAUACAGUAGAUUGUAAAAACAAUAUAAAACACUACAGAGCUAACCUGAAUGUAUUGAAAGUAGCAUUACUCACAGAGAGAGCAAAACACACAUAUCAUUUCUCAUCGUCUCUUGAGCAGAAUUAAGUUGAAUGUUGCUCUCCUUUCCUUGCUUUAGAUAGUUUAACUACUAGCCAAAAGCACAUAGCUGCAGUAGGGAGCUCUGAAGUAGGGAGUUAUUCUCUGCCUUGUGAGAGUGUUUAAUACAGUAAAUACUUGACGUUUCUACUGUUGACUAACUGAGCACCUCUGGGAGAGACACUUGUAUUAGUUCAGUCACUGGGAGAGACACUUGUAUUAGUUCAGUCAGUGGUAUCGACUGCACCAAUCUCCCAGGCUGUCAGAAACACUAACACUUGCAGAAGCUUCUUAUGAGGUGCUGUGUCACCUUCUAAACAUUCAUAGCACCUUCUAUAGAGCAUUAUGACAUGUUGUAUUAAUUAAGCAACACGACACAAUAGGUUCUGAUGUAUCGUGGAUGUAUGACAUCUUAGUGGCCCCAUGCCUCGUUGCUUUACUUUACAGUUUGGUAACGGUCCAUGACUGCAUUGCAAUGUGGUUUGAAUGUGCUAUGAACGUUUAUAAGGCAUUGUAACACUUCAUAAGAAUCUGAUUCAAGUAAAGAAACAGUCCCUCCACUCAAGCCCUGCCUACCCAUCUAGUCUCCUAAGAGGCCUUAAAACCACUGAAUGCAAACUGCCUGCCGUUAAGGCUGUGUCCCAAUAGUUUGAAGAACGUCCUUGUCUCAUCAUCAACUGUAGCGGUGGUGAUGAAAGGUUGGGGAAGCUAUUUCCUAGUUCUGGGACACAGCGUGAGAUUCACAUCUCCACUCAUGAACCUGAGCUCAGAGACAGUACGCAAACCAAGAUGGCCGAUCACACACACGUCACCCAGUUAACAGUAAACCAGGGGAUGCUCUACUCCAGUCCUCCUUGGUUUCCCUCUCAAGUUAGUUCAUUUAGGCCGUGUUCCAGGCUGACUACAUUGCAGACUCCUGGCAGAUAUCAAAACGCCUGGAUAGAUGUUGAAGAUAUCAGCAAACCACAUCCUAUGAUGUAGCAAUCUGAUGCCUGACUGCAGUCGAUGACGUGGCAAGCAACCGUUGGUUGAUGCAAUGCAACGUCUGCAAUGUAGUUGGCUUGGAACACAACCUUUUAUGCUAGUGAUUUAUUUGCCACUUCAGGUGUUCCUGGCACAAAUGGGAGAGAACAUUUUCAUACUGCAAAAAUGAACAUGAGGAAGUACGCACUUCAGGUUGUAAACUAGGAUUUCUCUUGUUUAAUAUAAUCAUUCAAAAGUAGACACAAUAACGUGAUAAUGAAGCACUGGACCACUCAGUUUGAUGUCAGGUUUGCCCGUUAGGAGAGGACUGGAGUUGAGCCCCCCACCUAAUGGGUGAAGGGUGAAGUUACUGCCGGUUGACGUUUAUUGUCAUGAGUCUUGUUCUGGAGCAGAAUUGGGCGAAUCCUCCUUAGACAGAUGCGAAGUCAAAAUUGUCUAUAUUGUAAAAAUGUUAUUUAACGUUAGGGUUAGGCAUUAGGGUUAGCAGUGUGGUUAACGUUAGGGUUAGGUAUUAGGGUUAGCAGUGUGGUUAACGUUAGGGUUAGGCAUUAGGGUUAGCAGUGUGGUUAACGUUAGGGUUAGGCAUUAGGGUUAGCAGUGUGGUUAACGUUAGGGUUAGGCAUUAGGGUUAGCAGUGUGGUUAACGUUAGGGUUAGGCAUUAGGGUUAGCAGUGUGGUUAACGUUAGGGUUAGGCAUUAGGGU